AUGAGGAUCAGACAAAUUAACGGAGGAUACCUGUAAGUAUCAGGGGCUACCAGCCAUUAUAUUCUGCCUCCACUGUCAGACGCAUUAUGGCUCUGAACACCAGUUACUGGGACUCAUGAAUGGGGAGACUGGGGUCAUGCUCAGAUCCCACAAGCAUCUGGUUGGCCACUGUGAAAACAGGAUGCUGGGCUAGACGGGCCAUUGGCCUGAUCCAGCAGGCUCUUCUUAAAUUCUUAAGCUUCACCUAGUGCUGUGCCAAAACUUGUCCCAGGAAUCUUUGGCGAGAGCCGUGACUUUGAAGAGGUACAAUACUGCUUUAAAUGUAUGGUGCAAAUGAAGCCUAUGUUGUGGGUGUGUUUUGAGGUUUUUAUUCUGUUCCAGUUUUUUUUUUAAAUUAAGUUUUAAAGUUGGACUAUGGUUUUUAUUAUUGAUGCAUCUUUUGGGGGGGGGGAACCUUCCUAAGGAAGCUUUGUGCAUUUAAUGAAUAGAACUUAUGAAAUCUACAUUUUAAAAAAUCAAAUAACAGGCAAACCUGUAUGAAUGUACACAGCAGUAACCCACUGUACUUAAUGAUAAAGGUAGCUCAGUUAUCAUUUUGGGGCCGGGUACUUCUACCUAUACACUAUUCUUUAAGGAUAAAGUCAGUGUUACAAAACCUUGAUUAAGCCCAGCUGCCUUUCCCAUCAGCCACAAAAGCUGUUGCUUACCCAGUGCAUGUUAAUUUAUCCAUUCUCUUCUCAACCAUCAUCAAUAAAAACAUAGGAACUACAGAAAGAAAAAGAAAGAAAGAAAGAAAGAAAGAAAGAAAGAAAGAAAGAAAGAAAGAAAGUUGGACUAUGUUAUAAGUCGCUUUGGGUUACUUCAUAUUUUUGUUUUUUUGUUCUUUUUGAAACCAGCUAAGAAAUAGAAUACAUUCGAAUAAAACCGGCACUUACACCAGACCACAUCCCGGUGUGUGCAGUCAGCUGAGAUGCCCUGUGUUUUGUUUCCCUUUCCCAUAACCUCGCUGUGACCCGAUUGCCACUUUCACCAUGAAUAAUUAGGUCUCUCCAUUCUCCGGGUAGCUGUUAAAAGUCAGAGGGCUGCCAAGUGACUGCUGCGCAGGGGGGGAAAACCAAAGCCUCUCUCGUCCGAGUGGCAAGGGCAAAGGGGAGCUGGCAGCCAAAGGUCAUUUCAGCCCCCUCCUCCUCCUUUUAUUCGUACGCUGUCUUUCCACAAAAGAGUUGUGCUCAGAGCAGCUUUCAGCAUGAAAGCAGUGGUACAUCACCGAAAAAUCAACAGACGCAAUAACAAUAUCAUGAUAACAGCUAUAAUGAAACAACAACAUGCAACGAAAACAACAAAUGUAGUAACAUUGCACCUCCUAGAAAUAGAAAUAGCUUCUGUGCCCACUACAAAUUAGCUGAGAAUGCAGUUAGUCUGAUCAAAUAUCAAGGUCUCAGCUUCCUCAAAGGGUCACUGUUCCUUUGGCAUUACCCUUCGGGCAGCAUUAGUGCUUCCAAAGGCCAGAGGUGUGGUACAGUGGUGCCUCGCAAGACGAAAUUAAUCCGUUCCGCGAGUCUCUUCGUCUUGCGGUUUUUUCGUCUUGCGAAGCACGGCUAUUAGCGGCUAUUAACGGCUUAGCGGCUUUAAGAAAAAGGAAACAAACUCACAAGACAUUUCGUCUUGCGAAGCAAGCCCAUAGGGAAAUUCGUCUUGUGGAACGACUCAAAAAACGGAAAACUCUUUCGUCUUGCGCGUUUUUCAUCUUGCGAGGCAUUCGUCUUGCGAGGUACAGUGGUGCCCCGCAAGACGAAUGCCUCGCAAGACGAAAAACUCGCUAGACGAAAGGGUUUUUCGGUUUUGCGUUGCUUCGCUAGACGAAUUUCCCUAUGGGCUUGCUUCGCAAGACGAAAAAUUCUUGCGCAUUUUUCUUAACACCGCUUGAAGAGGUGCAUUUGCGACGGACCGUGCUUCGCAAGACGAAAAACAUCGCAAGACAAAAAGACUCGCGGAACGAAUUAUUUUCGUCUUGCGAGGCACCACUGUACCACUGUAGUUGGACGCACUCCUCCCAUGAUGUUCCUGCUGAUGCCUCUUCUACACCAUGCAGCUUCUCAAUAGCCUUAGGUCUGAUUUGACAGUGGGUUGUAUCCAGCUGCAUUCUAUGUUCCUCCUGGAACAUCAUUUGCCUUUUCAUCUAAAGCAGUCUCUUCUGGGCCUCUUUACAUACCUUUCAAGAGGUUUUCUGCAUGGGGAGGUUCCCUCCCCCCUCCCAGUGGUUUUCAGGGGUUCAUCCUUUAUUACAUCAUUUAAAAAUACUUUUUAUUAAUUAAAAAAGCUAUGGAAUUCAGAAAAUUUAUUUGACCUACAAGCAAAUAUGGUUGAUAAAGUGACUUAGGGCAUUACCCGCUCUGGGAUCCCACAGCUCUUUCUCCCCUGGUCUCUACACUGGCCCAAAUAGGACUAAUUUAGCCAGCUAACCCUGGUGAUCAUCUAAUGUUUAUUGGAUUUCUCCCCUAAAUUAAUUUUUGAAUUCUGAAUUCACGUUUUAUACUGUAUUUUAUGCUGUUUUUUGUUGCAUCAAUUAAGUGUUUUAAAUUUGUUGUUAGCCACCCUGAGCCCAGUUUUUGAACCGGGAAGGGUGGGGUAUAAAUAAAAAAUUAUUAUUAUUAUUAUUAUUAUUAUUCAGAGCCGACCCAUUGAAAUCAAUAGACCUGAGGGUAGGGAGCCUGUGGCCCUUCAGCUGUUGGUCUCCUGUUCCCAUCAGCUGCAGCUGGCACAGCCAAAGGGCAGGGAUGGGAGUUGGAGCCCAACAACAUGUGGAAAGCCAAAGGUUGCCCUAUUCCAACCCUAGGAGGUGUGUUUAGAUUUGCAGUCUAAGGGUCAAACUAAAUCUAAGCAGACUAUUUGCAUCAGAAGGGAUGUUAGUGAGGGAGACAUGGUUGGUUUGAGUGCAGAAGGCUCAGACUGUGGAACUCCCUGCCACAGGAGGCUUUUGUGUCUCUUGUAGCAUUAUAUAUCUUAAAAGGUAUCCCAGUUCUGUUUCUUAUGUAGGGAGCUUAUGUUGGUUCAUGUGGCCCUCUCUUCUUCCUCUUCUUCUUUUCUUCCCAGCACAUAUCCUAAGCUCAGCACUGCCCGCUCAAGCCAUGGACUCCGCCACAGGAUGACGCUGGCAGUGUAUGGCUUUGUCACAUGCAAACUGGCUGGAGGAGUAAACAGAAAAUCUAGCAUUAGCAGGCUGAGCACUCCUGACACCAGCAAAAGAAGGAACUGA